AUUCUUGAUAAGCUUCAACAGCAACGGCACAUCAGGGCAAAUACCCAACCGUAUUGUUACUGUUCUGGAUUACUGCGGAGGCGCAUGACCUGUAACCCAUGGAGAACGACUCUCCAAACGUCGACGGCAAGACCUCGACCCCCCAGAUGUCGCAUUUCAACAUUGUGACGCCCGGCCGGCGAGCGAUAAGCGCUGAGCCCCCCAGCCGCCAUUCAAUCCGCACGCCGGGCAGCCAGGGGCGGAACACGGCCAACCUCCAGCGACAGGCCGGGCUCUCCGCCUCGGGGAGGAAAGUCAACGCCGCCACGACACCCCACGGCCGGGCGGCCAUCCGCGCCCUGGACUCGCGGCGAGCCGCGAUCUUCACCCCGCACCGCGACCGGCGGCGCAGCUUGCGGGCGCAGCGCGAGACCCCGCGCGACGACCUGCGGGGCCUCAGCAGGCUCCUGGCGAAGGAGUCGCGGCCCGUGCCCUCGUCGUCGUCGCCGCGCACCGCCGUCAAGUCCGAGAGCGCCGCCAGCGUCGUGCUCUGGGAGGACGAGGAUGACGACGAGCGCCCGCUCAGGGCCCCGCGCCUGUCCCUGCCGAUCGACGUCGACGACGACGAUGAUAGCUACCUGCGGCCGCAUCGCUCCGCCGGCCUGGAGGACGACAACUUCACGAUGCAGUCCAUCGAGAUGCCCCGCCGCGCGCUCAGCGAGCAGGCGCCUAACAGGCUGUCCCUCGCGAGCGUCCGGGUGAGCGAUUUCCACGCCGAGAACGCCUUCCGCAGCGACGAUGUCGGGAUCGACUCGGCCUUCUUCCCGCCUCGGCAUGCCAUUGACGAGGAUGGGAUUAUGUUUGAUGCGCAGGAGGACGUCACAUACGAAAGGAUUGACGAAGAAGACGCCCGGCGCGAGACAGCGCGCGAAAGCGACUUUGGCAUCGCUGUACCCGUGGAGGGCAACGAGAGCACAUUCGUGAUUACGGCGCAAGCCGAGGAGUUACGCUCGCCGGUUCAGCAGCCUCCAGAAUUUGACGACUAUCCCACGGCGCACUUCGAUUCUGGCGGAGAAGAUGACGACGGCGACGACGACGAUGUUGUUCAAGAGGACCUGCAGGAGGACGUCCAAGAGCAGUUUGAAAUGGAGACGGCAACGGCAGGAGCGGAUGCCGCACAGCGGAGGAAAAAGAAGAAACCGGGCGUCAAGACCUCGAAGCACGGCAUCCCUUACCCGUCCCUGCCUGCUGGGGUGGUAAAGCGGCUUGCCCAGACCUUUGCGCAGUCGGGCGGGGCCAGAGGCAAGAUCAGCUCCGAUACCCUGGCCGCGGUGAUGCAGGCGUCUGACUGGUUCUUUGAGCAACUGGGCGACGAUCUGCAGGCUUACGCAAAACAUGCGGGGAGGAAGACGAUCGACGAGAGCGACAUGCUCACGUUGAUGAGAAGACAGCGCCAGAUCGGCUCUUCCACAACGCCGUUUUCCCUAGCGCAACGGCACCUACCCCGGGAACUGCUACAACAGCUUCGCAUGCCUCCGCCAGCGCCCCUGAAGAAGGGACGCAAGACUAAACCUUCAGAGGCGGAUCAGGGCUGAGGCGUAAUGUGGAUUCGAGGAGAGUUGAUAUCCGAGGUUCCCAGCCUGUGUACCAAGACUACCAGGUCUUGUUCAUCCGAACGCGCCGAGCCACGUCGGUCGGCGGCUUCUUCGCCACCAUGUAGAACAUUAUCGAUGUUGCUACAGCAAGACCGUACCUGCUUCCGUCAGCAACGAGUCCGGGCCGGGACGGAGGCGAG